AUGCAGAUAGGGGACCGUUCCAAUAGUCCGUGGGCGAACCCGAGGUCGGCGACACGUGGAUGUGAUGGGACCGUGACGUCUGUGGGAGGUGGCAGACAGGAGGUCCACGGGGCGCGGGGACGCUGCAGGCUCGGGCGUCGCUGGUCGGAUCCUUGCGGCGGAGAAUUGAAUCCCAAGCAGCCCAAGACGCAAGAACAAGCAGUCUCAAGGGAGGAGAUCCGGGAUGCCCAGAAAGGAAUCAAGCGAGAAAGCAGGCCGCGGUUGGGACAUCACAUCCACCGCACAUCCGCUGCCGCCACAUAUACUAAAAUUCCCCGUAGCAGCCCGCUGGAUGCAACCCUCCCUGCCAAUCUCGGUGGAUGCCGGCGCCCGCGGGCUCGCCGUUGGGGUUGCGGUGGCGGGAAGGCUUGGAGCCAGCUGCAGUCCGGUACCAAUAUCAUCCGGCUGGCGACGACGGACCGACAUGGGCAGGCGGGCAGACAGGCAUUUGCGCAUCUGUGCAUCACCCUUUUCAAAUCCUUAUCCUACUGCAGCAGCAGCAGCAGCAGCAGCAGCAAGGCCAGCUAG